AUGGAAGCCAACUCUACUACCUCUGGGAGCCUUUCUCAUAUUUUUGAGCACCUCAGCAUGCAGGCAGAAGCUUCAAGAUUCUGGAAGUGCCCAUUUGCGGGCUGUACAGACCGCGUGCCUCGGGACGCAUUACCAGAUCUGGACGUCUUGGUAUCGCUGCUUGGGAAUCUCCCUCGCAAUCUUAGCGCCGGCAUAAAAACUAGAGGCACCAUUGAGAAGCUCUCAGAAAUGGCUGACCACCUCGCAAAGGUCUCAUGUACUCCUCAUCGAGAAUACAUCGGGGAGAUAGCCUUCUACGACAGAUGGGACGAUCUUGUGACUGCGCAAAGAGCAAAGAAUAAGCAGACACAACAAGUCGGACAAAGCAGGAAGUCGGACUCUGAUGGCUUUCUGACACCGAGUACACCCGUAAGAUCAGCUUCAAAAAAAGAUUCACUUCUGACCGAUACACCGGGAACCUAUGAUGAUCCGGGUUACUUUACGAGGUCAAAUGGAAAGUCACGGAAUAGGGCAAUGCCGCUACCUGGUCUUGAUGACCUCUCCUCUCCCUACACUCCGGGUGCAGAUAGAGUCUUUGAUGGUGACAGUCCCUACGGCGAAGUAGACACCCCGGGAACAGGUUACUCAGAGGCUCCUGUUUCGAGAACUUUAUUUAGAAAGCAGCAAGAGAGCUGGAAUGAGACACCGACGCGAAAAAAGCUCCUUGAUCCUCUCUCUGGUUACCGAACGAAGUCAAAUGAUAACGAAGAAACUACUGAAACCGUACCAAAACGCGCCACGGCUGAUGCUGCAAAAUAUGCCGACACUGAUGCUGCAGAGGAUGGCGACACUGAUGCUGCAGAGGAUGGCGACACUGAUACUGCAGAGGAUGUCGACACUGAUACUGCAGAGGAUGUCGACACUGAUACUGCAGAGGAUGGCGAUGCUGCUGAAGAUGAAGAAAACAGAGAGGAUAUUGUUGGUUUCAGCAAAGCUCACAAAAGAUCUAGCGCCAGGGAUAAUGACAACAAAUUCGGGACCAAGACGAAUGAGGACAUUGAUGCAUCAGAAACAAAAUUAAACAUCACUCAGAUAUAUCGUCCAGACUUGAAAAUCACUCCAAAGGUCAGAGCCAAGGCAAUUCUUCAUGAUGCGCUUAACACGAAGUAUCGGGACAGGGAAAUGGAUGUGGGCAAAAUAUAUAUCGCCAUUGAUAUCGACGAUCCCACGCUGAAAGGUCAUUUUAAAGUGGGAGCUGUUACAGGUGAUAACACUGUCUGGCAACGCUACAAAAGAGAUAAAUGUUCGCGCAAACACAACCUGAGAUUUGUUGCCAUUAGCGAUAGCACAAUCGCAAAUGUCUACCGGGUUGAGAAGCUUGUGCACAAGGAACUACACGCAGAGCGGAAAACGGUCAAUUGUAGGCAUUGCCCAAAAACGCAUAUGGAGUGGUUUAAGGCAGAUCUCCAAACAGUAGUGAGCGCGGUAAAUCGAUGGACAAUGUUUACCUCGCUUGCCAGUUUGGAAGAAGAUUGCGAGGUGUUUAGACUCAAGGUGAAAGACUUCAUGGCGAGGAAAUAUACCUAUGAGGAUUUUAUAGAGAGCUUUAUGUCAGACGCGGGCUACACGGCAGACAGGAGAGCAGAGAGGAGAGAUCUGGUUACUUUUGUCAACAUAAACGACAAGAAAAGCUUUUUCAAGACUGCCAAGGACGUGUCUGAGAUGGAAGCGUGGGAAAAGGCAUUUACCAAAGACCCAGGGCAUGGUUCAAACUCAAAAUUCUCAUCCACCAAGAAAGGCCCGGCCAAAGUCAUAGUUGAAGAGCAGCACAGAGUACUCAAGGAUUCCGGUCUACUUCCCCGACAGAAGCCUCCUGUGUCCAGUAAGGCACAAAACAAAAUAGGACAAACGGCGCAGCAGGUGAAAGAUAUUAUCAAAGGUAUUGGCAGACGAAAGCAGAAAGAUCUGCCACAAAGGGAGGAAAUUCUCGGUUCAAGGAAUGAGGAAGUCAAGAUGAGCUUGCUACGGCACGCGAGGCAAGCUUCGGUUAUCCUCUCCAAGCAGCUGCUACUCGUGGCCAUAAGCUCGUGGUUGAAGUACUACUCGCAUCUGGGGCGCAGGUUGAUGCAAAUGGAGGUUAUCACGGCAGCGCUCUUCAGGCGGCAGCUGCAGGUGGGCAUCGGUCUCUUGUUGACCGGCUCAUUCAGGCAGGUUGCUGACGUGAACUUGCUGGGCGGUAUAUGUGGUACAGCUCUUCGUGCAGCUACCAUCAACGGUCACCAUGACAUAGUCAAGACGCUGCUGAUAGCGGGAGCAAGGGUCGAUUUACGCGCUCAUGGAAGAGGGCAACCGCUAUAUUCAGCCAUUACGAAUGGUCACAUGGCCAUCCUUCGAACACUCCUGGAUGCCGGUGCUAACGUCAACAAUCAGGAUGGCGAGACUGCUAGUGCCUUAACCGAAGCUGCAGGAAUGGGAAAUAGGGAAGCGGUAGAGAUUCUACUUGAUGCUGGAGCAAACGUGAAUGCGAAAGAUCGUGCUAUCAUGGGGCGGUAUUCGCCCGCACCGGGAACUCCACUUCAUUCGGCUGUCUUAAACGGCAAUGUGAGCGUUGCAGAGAAAUUAGUUCAAGCGGGUGCGGAUGUAAAUGCAGUCUCUGCGUCAUAUGGUAGCCCUCUUUAUGCUGCGAACGAACUUGGCGAUAGCCGCAUGUUCGAUCUGCUCAUCCGUCACGGCGCCCAUGAGAAUGCGGGUCCUUCCUUUCAAACAGAUAGACUCAGAGUGAUUCUGACACUGGAACAGAGGGGAGCCACUGGUUCUUGGUUGCCUGCGAAGACUAAUGGGAAUGAGACAAGGAACAACAACUACGAUUCGACGCAUCAGCCCUGGGUUCAUAGGUUCCUGCACAUAUCACAGGAUUCGCCUGAUGGUAGUGGAAGCCGGAACCAUGAAUCCGACCUUGGCAACCAUGCACCGACUGACGUCUUGAUAACCUAUUUUCUUGCGACCAUCCACCACUUGAUAGCCUAUUUUGGUAAAUGA